AUGAUUGCUGUCAUCCUCUCUAGCCCGCUCUACAUUGCAGCGGCGCUGCUGGGCAGUUGCUUCUUCUAUCUUUUUGCCCUCGCCUUUUAUAAUCUCUUCCUGCACCCUGCACGUCACAUUCCCGGCCCAAUUCUGUGCCGCAUCACGCCGCUUGUUUCCUUGUACCAUGGUAUGACCGGCAAACGUCACUUAUGGGUGCACUCCCUCCACGAGCAAUACGGUACCCAUGUCCGUGUCACUCCAUCAUACGUCUCCAUCAAUUCCUCUGCUGCGCUCCAUGAAAUCUACGGUUACUCCAAGCAAAUCCGUAAAGCAAGAUUUUACACCGCUUUCCCUGCGAUCAAGUCAAACCCAAAUACCCACAGCGGGAUUGAUAAAGUUGCACAUGGAAGGAAAAGACGUAUUUUAUCCCAGGCUUUCAGCGAGUCUGCGUUGAAGGGUAUGGAGGAUUUGAUUCUUGAUCGGAUCAGGUUUUUUCAGAAGCAGUUGCUUGAUGCUCCGAAGGACGUCGAGGGAGAAAGCCGUGAUGAGAAGGGCGUUGUUAAGAUGAGGAAUAUGGCCAAUUGGUUUAAUUAUUUGACUUUUGAUGUCCUUGGAUUCUUAUGCUUCGGAAAAUCGUUCGAGCUUUUGGAGGGUACUGGGAAUAGACACUUGCCAGAGCUGGUUGAUCGAGCUGCUCAAAGACAUUUCUUGUGCGGUCUCUGGCUCCCUCUCGACUCCCACCAUCUAGAUCAAGUUGUCAUCCCCAAGAUCACCCGUGACCGCUGGAAUUUCAUCAUGAAGUCCCGUCAACAGGCUACACUCCGUGCCAAAGAACGUACCGACCUCGGCCACAAUGCACGAAAGGACUUCUUCUACUACCUCCUCAACGCCAGCGACCCAGAAACCGGUGAAAAGCUGACCAUGCCGGAAUUAUGGAGCGAAAGCAACGUCCUCAUGGUCGCCGGAAGCGACACCACAUCCACCAGUCUUGCUGCGGCUGUCUUCUGGCUCGUCAGACACCCAACUGCCUUGAAACGUCUAGAAGCCGAAAUCAGAUCUGCAUUCACUGAUGUUGAAGAAAUCAUUAGUGGUGCAAAGUUGAAUGAAUGUUCCUAUCUUAAAGCCGUUAUCGAUGAAGCUAUGAGACUUUCCCCCGCUGUUCCUGGUGGUUUACCCCGAGAAGUCCUUAGCGGCGGAUUAACCAUCGAUGGCAAGUUCAUCCCCGCUGGUGUUGAUGUCGGUACCCCCAUCUACUCUGUCCAUAGACUUCCAGAUUCCUACCCCAGACCAGAUGAUUUCAUCCCAGAAAGAUGGAUCGAAGGUGAAACCGUCCCAAGUAUUGGAUCUAUUACAAAGGCCGACGUGGAUAAAGCCAGAAAGGCAUUCUGUCCCUUCAGUAUCGGACCACGUGGAUGUAUCGGAAAGGGUUUGGCAUUAAUGGAAAUGAAGAUCACAUUAGCAAGACUAGUUUGGGAGUUUGAAGUUUCGAUUCCAGAGGAGCAGAGGUUGAGGAAAGUCGGUGAAGAUGUUGAGGGAGGUUGGGAGAUGGAUGACCACUUUGUUGGAACGAAGAAGGGUCCUGUCGUUCAGUUGAAGAGAAGAGCUAUGAGUUCGUAA